ACAUGUCAGACACAAUGGAUCGAGGUGCAAUUGUUUUUGUUUUAUGUCUCAUGAUUUUUGGCAUUAAAGCACAAUUGGAUAUUGUUGGCGAUCUUUCUGGUGAUAUCACUGCAGUAGAAGAUAAAAUAAUAGAAGGAUAUAUCAUUACAAGUAAUGAAGAAGUACCGAUAGCGGAAGGCGUUGCGAAUACUGUAAACACUUUAGAAACAGUUGAUGAAGUGACAAGUGAACAAGUAGAUGUCACAGAAACUGUACCUGAAUCUAAUAUAGUAGAAAAUGUACCAUCAAUUAAAGAAGAGCCACCUUUAGUCUCAGUUUUAGAAACACUAGAUACGACCUAUUCUGCUGACGAUCCAGCAGAACUGGUUAACACUGUUACUGGCUCUGAUAAGUUAGACAAUAUAAAAGACACUCCAGCAAUGGAGGAUAUUCAACUUGUUAUGCCAAUUGGUGAUGUAGUUAGCAAUGCGUCAGAUUCGUUUGAGACAGGCACUAGCUUAGAUACUGUAAAAUAUUUAGGAAUCAUCAAGCCAGAUAUAAAAACGAUAGAGUCAGUUGCUGAUAAAAAGAGUGGUAAAGCAGAUAAAGAUGAAUCAGACACUAGCUCAAAUACUGAGGAAAACGUACCAGUAGAUGAAAACAUAUCCUCUGUGGGACCACUCCUAGAGUUUUUGGGACCAGUUACUGAUGUUGCCAAUGUUCCAGAGACGGUCACUAGCUCAGAUAUUGCCGAGAACGUAUCGACUGAAGAUGUCACCUCUGGUAGUGAUGUAUCAAUGGAUGCAGCAAAUGUUGAAGAGACUAACAUAACUAAUGUAACUCAGAUAGAUCUGUCAGUCGCAAAGUCAGAUAGUGUGGAAGAUGCACCAAUAAAUGAAGAAGUUUCAUCUGUGGAACCUGUCAAUGAUAUAACAAGUCAUCCCACAAAUGCUGUAGCAACUGUCAUGACAUCUGCUGAUGAAAAUUUGCCUGUUGAUAAAGCUGAAAAUGGAGAAACAACGGAAGAGUUAAAAAGAAGUUUGUUCGAACUGAUCUUAAUGAAGCGUCUUGGUUUAAUAGAGUCUUAAACGUUUAUGGAUUAAUAAUAUUUCUAUUGUCAUAAUAAUAAUAUAAAAUAGACAAUAUGAUAAUAGAUUGUGAUAAUAGAUCGUGCGCAGCGCCGGGCAGUGCUCGUUGACAUCACCAUCCCCCAUGAUGAGAAUCUCGUGAAAGGCGAGAAGGACAAGUCCAGUAAGUACCUAGACUUGGCUCACGAGAUUAACCGCAAUGUGGGAUGUUGAAAUUGUUGAAUCAACGAUCAUUGUUCCGAUAGUCGUUUCGGCGAACCAGUCUCAUAGCGAAGAGUCUCGACCAACAUCUUAAGAGACUCUCGCUAGGUGGCUGGAUCAAGGGCCAGAUGCAGAAGGC